AGCAACAGACUUAUUGGUAAAGUAUGUCAGUGUAACAAUCAGCAUGUCGCUUGAGGUGCGAAUCUUUAGCGUUGGCGGCCUAAAGGGCAAAGGCUCAAGAAACGCUCGGAUUACUUUCAGAGGUCACUCCUACAGCACACGAACGAUCGAAGAUUGCGAAAAUGAAGCUCCAUUUAACGAGAUUUUCGACUGGCCUGUGGCGAGUCAGAUCGAAGAUCGAGAAAUGAUAUCAAUCGACGUCUACAAUUACAAUAAAGUAUUUUCCAACAGGUUAAUUGGCCGAUUUCAAAUGGUCCUCCAGCAAGUUGUAAAGGAUGGAGAGAUAACUUUGGAGGAACCUCUCUUGGACUCCAACAACACAGCCCUAAAGACGACCAUAAGCCUACAAAUAAAGUACCUCGCCCCCGACGGUACAGUUGGGAAUUGGUCCAUCGAAGACUUCGAGCCUCAGAAAAAUUUCAACGAUGCUAUGAGCAUGAAGUCCUCGUCGACGAUCACGUCGAAACGUUUGUCAAAACAGUCUGUUAGACUUUCUGAGGGUGCAUCAAACAAAAGCUUGCUACUUCAACCAUUGUUAUCGGAAGAAAACGCCGCAAAUGAAAGUAAAGCUGAUGGCAGUAACCCGGCUCGACCAUCGUCCGGGCAAGGUCUCAUUAAAUUCCGAAUGCUUGCUCAUAAAGCUGCCUCAGCUGCCAACAAAAGCAACCUUGGUUCAAUGGUUGAGAUUGCCGGUGAAUUAGAACACAACAAGAAAUUACAGAAACUCGGGAAAGGCAUUGGAAUACUUGGAGGAUUCCGGAGCAAGCAAAGACCUGUUGAUGAUGAAGAUCUUGUAAUCACGAACAUGGGAGCUUUAGAACCUGCUACGCCCUCACGAGAACCUCGAAUCUUACUUAACCAAUCUAAUGUCGCAUUGGACAAUAUCUCAGUCGUUUCAAUGACAAUGAUGGACAAACCGGUUACUAACAAAAGAUCCAAGCCAGAAACUCGGUUCGAAUCAGGUGCAUUAAAACUGCAAGACUUCCAGGUCUCUGUCACCGUAAUCGAGGCACGACAGCUCAGUGGAACGAACAUGGACCCUGUAGUGAUGGUACAAAUUGGAGAAGACAAAAAGUACACAACACAGAAGGAGUCAACGAACUGUCCAUACUACAACGAAGUUUUCGUGUUCGAUUAUCGGCUUGCAAAACAAGUGGUUUUCGACAAGAUCCUUACACUAUCGGUUAUUCAUUCAAGAAACCUUCUUCGAAGCGGGACGUUAGUUGGUAAAUUUAAAAUCGACCUCGGUACAAUAUAUGCCAAUACUGAUCAUAGCUUCAGCCGCAAGUGGGCGGUAUUAACCGACCCUGACGAUUUAAAUACGGGACCGAAAGGUUAUUUAAAGGUUGACGUUUCAGUUGUUGGAAAAGGGGACACGAUCAAAAUAUCGAAAGUUAACGAAGAAGAAGAAGACGACAUUGAAAACAAUUUGCUUCUACCUGAAGGCGUGCAGGCGGAAAGGCAGAGAGCAAGGUUUAUCUUUAAGAUAUACCAAGCAGACGGGCUUCCAAAAAUGAACACAAGCAUAACAGAGAAACUGAAGACAGUACUACAAGGUGAAGCGAAGGACCUUGUCGACCCUUUUGUGGAAAUAACUUUCUGUGACCAAAAGGGCAGAACAUCCGUUCGAAAAAACUCUUACGAGCCUUGCUGGAACGAACAAAUCAUAUUCACUGAGUUAUUUCCACCCUUGUGCAAACGAAUCAAAGUUCAAAUCAGGGACAAAGACAAUCUGAACAACACAGUCAUUGGUACAACGUAUAUAAGUCUGGACAAGAUUGCCAAUUCUGGAGACAGAGUACAUUUCGGGUUCCUACCGACGUUCGGUCCAACUUACGUUAACAUGUACGGAUCCCCACGUAACUACACCAUGGUCAAUGAACAUUCGGACUUAAACGAAGGACUCGGCGAAGGAGUGGCGUUCAGGUCCCGACUUCUCAUGGCAUUAUCUGUGGAACUGGUCAAUAUAAACGCAUCGGAAGGGCAAGGAUCAUCAGAUGUUGAAGUCGAAUACAUACCAGCACUAUCGGAGCUUGGAGCCGGGAAAAUGGAAGAGUUUUUCCUCUUUGGCAGUUUCCUAGAGGCAAACAUGAUUGACCGCACCAUGGCAGAUAAACCCGUCACGUUCGAGGUCACAAUAGGCAACUACGGUAAUGAUAUUGACGGGGCGAACCUGAGUCAGAAACGGCGACGUAGCGACGGGAACGACAGUGAUGACUCGCUGGAGGAUUCGGAUGACGAGAGCCAGUCAUUACUCAAGGGGAGCAUGAGUGAUGACCCGAAUAUUCGCCCGCUUACACUGCCGGUUAAGCCGCUUACACACGACAAGUACUACUACCACAUGCCGUUCUUCGAGCAAAAGCCUUGCGUCUACCUUACCAGUUAUUGGCACGACCACAAACGAAGGUUAUAUAACUCCAAUAUUAUGCAUCGAGUCGCAGACAAACUGGACGAGGGCUUGCAAGAUGUCCAAGAAAUGAUUAAAACGGGUCACGAACGACCGGAUCGAAGACUGAGGGGGGUGGCUGAGGAAUUAAUUAACGGCUGUGCGUCUUAUACAAGACUUGUUAAAGGUACAGGCGGAAUGGGAGCUGGGAGAACCCGCUUGGAUCGGGAACGAAAUAAGCUGUGUCUUCGUGAAGUGGAAUGGAUUGGCAAAGAAGCAAAGAAAGUUAAGACUUUCGUCAAACCAAGCACACUUAAAGAAAACAUGGCGAAAAUGAAAUCGCUUUAUUCAAAGUUCAAAGGCUUAUGCGACGAUCCACAACAUUCUAUACCUGAUGUGUUUAUCUGGAUGCUUAGCGGCCAUAAGCGCGUAGCUUACGCUAGAAUUGCCGCUAGACAGAUCCUGCAUUCGGUGAGACAGGAAGAAUGCGGAGAACACUGCGGAAAAAUCCAAACUAUCUUUUUACGGCUGCCCGGUAAAAAGAGUCUUGGGUUAGCUGGUUGGAGCAUUCAAGCAAAGAUUGACAUCUACUUGUGGUUUGGCUUGGCCAAAAACAAACGCGAUUUCCUGAAAGGUUUACCACAGGGAUACACAACAACGAGAGCAGGAACUUCUAUAAAGGCACCGCCCAAGUUUCUAAAUUAUCCAGACCGUCUACAGUUUGAAUUGCGUGCCCAUAUGUACCAAGCAAGAGGUUUAAUCGCAGCGGAUGAUACAGGGCUGUCGGAUCCGUUCGCUAAAGUCAUAUUUUCCACACACACCGACACAACACAAGUGAUAGACGAAACACUCAGCCCAACAUGGGACCAGACACUCAUUAUGCCCAACAUUACAUUGUAUGGGAGGGCGGAAGAACUUCGAGACGAUCCGCCGAUCAUCAUUGUUGAGAUAUUCGACCAAGACAACGUGGGCAAAAACGAAUACAUAGGCCGUACUAUUGCAAAGCCUGUGGUAAAAAUGAGCAGUGAGAGAUACGAAGAGCCGAGGUUCCCGCCCCAGCUCGACUGGUUUCAAGUUUACAGAGGCAUGACCAAAGCUGGAGAGGUUUUAGCCGCAUUUGAACUGUUGCAGAUCCCGUACGAUCAAAAGCAGAUGGACGAUGUACUUCUGGCACGAUGGAAAGAGACAAAGCGAAAAUCCCGGCGUAAUAUUUUCGAGAUCAAGUCCGCUGCUGACGAAGACUCGAUGAAAAUAACAGAAUCAAUACAAACUAACCAAGGCCACAAGUUUACAGUUCCUAAAGGAAUACGUCCUUUGCUUGCGAAACACCGUGUGGAGGUUCUUUUCUGGGGUUUGCGGGAUUUAAAAAGAGUGCAGUUGAUUUCAGUUGACCGCCCGAGAGUAGACAUUGAAAUUGCUGGUCGCUGCGUCUCGUCUUGUCUCAUAAACAACUACAAGAAAAAUCCCAAUUUCGCGGAGCCGAUCAAGUUUAUCGAGGACGUUGACCUGCCAGAAGUGGAGUAUUGGUGUCCACCAAUCAGCAUUACUUGCAUUGACUGUCGAGCUUUUGGUCGGUCAGUUCUAGUGGGAACACACAUUAUCAGUAAUAUUUCGAAGUUCGUGUUUCGUCCGCCGGAUAAGUCGAAAAUUUACACAGCGGCUUGCAAGCUUUUUGUGGAAGGUAUUCAAGGGAUAAAACGAAACGGCGAAGUUUCUACUGAAACCAACGACACCGUCGUUAACAUCUAUGAUACGCCGACACCUCCUCCAAGUGGUAUGGUGGAAAUUUCUCUAGAAGCCGAGGAGAAAAAGAGCAAAGACGAUGACGAAGAUCCGUUGGACGAAGCUACGUUGGAUUGGUGGUCCAAGUAUUUUGCAUCACUCGAAACUCUUAACGAGCAAAAACAGAAACAGGAUGACGCUGGGGUUCAGGACGUUUACAAUGACGAAGAUGAUGACUCUGUAGUACCAUCAAACGAGGUGAACGAAAACACCGCAAAAGUUGUCGAGCAAGCGGCAAGUACAUGGUACGGUCAGACACUUCAGAAUAAACAGAAAGAUCACGACGGCAAAGAAAAAAAGGUCGGCAAAAAACUUCUAAAGGGUGCUGUUGGAGUGGUUAAGCAAGCGAAAAAAAGCUUGGGCGCACCAGUUCGCAAAUGGAAGACAAAGAAGCUACCAAUCGACGAACUCAAGAUCUACGACACCGAACUUGAGAAUGCGAACGAGUUUUCAGGUUUUAACGACCUUUUGAACUCGUUCGAUUUAUACCGAGGAAAGCGGGAAGAUCUAGCAGAUGACAUAACCGACCAGAAAAGAAUCGUUGGCAAUUUCAAGGGGGCUUUCAAGAUCUACCGACACCCACUUCCCCAUUAUGUGGAACAACCUGACCCACAGUAUGGAAUGUUCAAGGGCCUGCCUUCCAAUGAACCGAUUCAUGUUCUUGUUCGUGCUUACAUCAUACGCGCCACUGAUCUACAUCCGACAGAUCCGAACGGAAAAUCGGAUCCUUACAUUGUCAUAUCGUUGGGCGACAACAAAAUUAACGACAAGGAAAAUUACAUUUCGAAGCAGUUGAACCCAACUUUUGGCAAGGCUUUUGAUUUCGAGGCGACCUUCCCCAUGGAGAGCAUACUCACAGUACAAAUCUACGAUUGGGAUCUUUUAAGCGCUGAUGACUUGAUCGGAGAAACAAAAAUCGACCUUGAGAAUCGGUUCUACAGCAAACACAGACCACUAUGCGGCGUGGCAGAGAAAUACGCGAUAUUCGGAUACAAUCAAUGGCGAGAUCCGAUGAAACCUUCCGAGACUUUGAAAAAACUUUGCAAAGAGUUAAAACUCGAUGGCCCACACUUUAUGCCCGGCAAGGUCCGUAUCGGAAACAAAACCUUUACCGGUGCAAUCGAAUUAGAAGACGAAAACGGCCAUAAGAAACCAACAGAAGAACACGUGGCGUUGGUAGCUUUAAGAAACUGGGAAGAAAUAUCCAAGGUUGGCUGCAAACUGGUUCCCGAACAUGUGGAGACAAGGUCUCUGUACAGUUCAGAGAAACCGGGAAUCGAACAGGGUCGUAUUGAAAUGUGGGUUGAUAUGUUCCCAAUGGACAUGCCACUGCCCGGACCCCCAGUCGAUGUUUCACCCAGAAAACCAAAAGGAUUCCAGUUACGUGUUAUAAUAUGGAACACGGACGAAGUUCUGCUACAAGAUGACGAUUUUUUCACUGGGGAAAAAGCUUCCGACAUUUACCUUAAAGGUUGGCUGCUUGGAGAUGAUAAACAAGAAACUGACAUUCACUACCGGUCCCUCACUGGGGAGGGAAAUUUCAACUGGAGGUUCAUUUAUCCGUUCGACUAUUUGGUGGCCGAAGAAAAGUGCGUCGUCACCAAAAAGGAAUCCAUGUUUUCCUGGGACGAAACCGAGUUCAAAAUUCCUCCAAGACUUAACUUACAAGUGUGGGAUGCAGAUCAUUUCUCUGCUGACGAUUUCUUAGGCUCACUGACGCUGGACCUCACACGCUUGGCCAGAGGUGCCAAAUCUGCAAACAAAUGCAGUCUCAACAUGGCGGCAGAGGAAGACGACAACUCGAACGUUCCGAUGAUCUCCAUUUUCAAGCAAAGGAGAAUAAAAGGCUGGUGGCCGUUUACUGCGAAAAAUGAUCAGGAUGAAUUGGAAAUUACAGGGAAAGUUGAGGCGGAAAUUUCGUUGCUAACUGCCGAGGAAGCGGAAAAGAAUCCAGCUGGAUAUGGACGGGAGGAACCUGAUCCUUUGGAAAAACCAAAUCGACCCGACACGUCGUUCGUAUGGUUCAUGAACCCGCUUAAGUCGCUGCGUUAUCUCAUCUGCGCGAGGUUUAAGUGGCUUAUAAUAAAAGUUUUUAUUGCCCUGUUACUGAUUGCUCUUCUUGUUCUUUUCAUCUACUCUUCACCGAGCUGGAUAAUGAAGAAAAUUGUUGGCGCUUAAAAAACUGUAUGGAUACGAGUCAUUUUGUAUAUCUUGCAUUGCGUUUUAUUGCACAUAUAAUGUAGUAGGGUGGGGUAAUACUAAUUUUUCAUUCUCUUUUAUCGUCCCAUUGACUAGUAAACGAAGAAUAUUUAUAAAAUUAUUACCCUUGCCCCGUGACUCUAAAUGCGUUAGUUGUUUAAAUGACGAUCAGAAAACUUGGGACAUUAUGCUAACGGUGUCCUAUCUUACCCCACAGUACUUUACGUGUCCAAAUAACUACAAAAGGCCAAACUCCAACCUUAUAGUUUAUUGCACACACAGUCGACAUACACUGUUCAAUAUUUGUACUAUAUAUAGUUAUGUUGUUCAUAUUUUACAACCUUAUAAUUUACGUACGACGUUACCUUAUUGAUUAACUUUCCCAUUUUAUGCGUUCCACCGUUUCCGAAUAAUCGACGCCACAUUUCAGCCAAACUUUGUUUUUUUUUCGGUUUAGAUUUUUAUUUGUAAUGAACAGUACAACUGUCUGUACUUUUAUUUACUCGUGUAGAAACGUUAUUUAAUAAAAAACAUAUUCU